CUGCUUAUGAGGCUUGGCUGCGUGACGGAUCAACAGUUUGAGGAUGUGUUCAACAAGGUAAGAAAAUUUCACAGGAAGUGGACAGGCGAAGGCGUCUAGGUGUGACAUCUGCUGAGAGAGCAGCUGCUAUAAAAGACGUGUACCAGCCUCUCCAUCCUCAUGUCUACCAUCUGCAGGAGUCCUACCUCGCACCGAAGUUCAAGCAGAUUGUUGAGUAUUGUCGAGGCAGUGAUAUCAGUGAAGAAGGUCUGGGAGACUUUUUGGAGGAAGAGGCAGGUGAGCUGCAAAGUUCUUUCAGUUCCUCUCAUUGUUCGAGUAAGAGGUGUGUAAAUGUGACCACAUGAAAAUGUAACUCACACACUCAUUAAAAAAACGUUCACAUAUGCAUCUAUUUUGGUCAUAGUCUAGAGCCCUGUAUCAGGAUUUAAUCCUUUUGAUCCGAUAACAUUUCUGAAGUCUAGAAGAUCCGCACGAUUCAAUAAUUUUAUCACUAUUAAAGUUAGUGAAGGGCUAAACAGGAAGUCACUCGGCCAACAGAACUCUCUGGUGCACUUGCUCUAUGUGCCAAAUGAUGCAAACAAUGCAGGAGAUCUGGAUAAUUUUAUACCCAGGAAGUUGAAUUUUUUGGCUUCAUGCGCCACUGAGCAACUUUCAUAGGAAUAAACAAGGCCCCGCCUCCAAUACCGUAUCCAGUUCUCAUCAUACAUCCAUAUCCUCUACCCAAGAAUACAAAACAAAAGACAGUCACAGUUACUCUGUUUUGCUGCAGGAGAGGCAGCUAUGGACACGUCACCUGCCACCAGAUCAGCCAAUAGCAAAAUUCAGUUGCUAUAGUUGGGUUCAACCAGUAGAGGGCAGUCACUAUUGAUGCAUAUUUAUAAUAAAAUUCCAGUAUUUUGCAUAAAAAUGUCUAGAUUUGGACCUGAAUCCAUCAACAACACUGCUAACUACCUGUAUUCAUUGGUUUUAAGCUGACAAAAAGUGGUGGUUUAGUUACCCUCUAAAUUAUGCACUCACUGAAGUACUUUAAAGUACCCCUAGUACCCAUUCCUCCAUUUGAGAAACACGGAGUUAGAGCACAGGGCAGUUAUAUAUAAUAUCUCUAAGAUAUGGUCUUGAGAAUGGUCCUAAACUUUGAAUUAUGAGUCAUGAAAAUUUCUUCGUAAAAGGCACGACUGAGGAACUUCUUUGUGACCAAGAUGAAAGUAACUUCUACCAUGCUUUCGUUGGUUUAGAUUGAUUGUACCAUAUUAUCACAGUUACAUAACACUAUAUUGAUGUAUUAAAAUGCUGCACUGAUUCCCAUCUUUCUAUUGAAGCUGCGAGGGUUUAUCGCUUUUCUGUGUUUGAGAAGAGCUUCUGUGAGGAGCUGAUGGAGGAGCUGGAGCACUUUGAGCAGUCCUCCGCCCCUAAAGGAAGACCCAACACCAUGAACCAUUAUGGGAUCCUCCUGAAUGAAUUGGGCUUUGACGAGGGCUUCAUCACGCCCCUCCGUGAGCUCUACUUGCAUCCGCUCACCUCCCUGCUGUACCCGGACUGUGGGGGGCGCUGCCUGGACAGCCACAAGGCCUUUGUUGUUAAAUAUGACAUGAAUGAGGACUUGGACCUGAGCUACCACUACGACAACGCAGAAGUCACCCUUAAUGUUUCCCUGGGCAAGGACUUCACAGAGGGCAACCUGUAUUUUGGUGAUAUGAGACAGGUGCCUUUAAGCGAGACGGAGUGUUCAGAGGUUGAACACAGGGUGACCGAGGGGCUUCUCCAUCGGGGCCAACACAUGCACGGGGCCCUGCCCAUCUCCUCCGGCCAGCGCUGGAACCUCAUCAUCUGGAUGAGAGCCUCACAGGAACGCAACAAACUUUGCCCCAUGUGCAACAGGAGGCCGACGCUGGUGGAAGGGGAGGGCUUUGCUGACGGGUUCACCAAAACCUCCGAGCCACUGCUGAACACUUCGUGCGUGUUGACAUGAAGUAUCAUGCUGCUGUCAGCCUUUAAUAAAGCCACUGUGUGUAGGAUUUAAAAUUUUGCUGAAGGAUUAAAUGAUUCUGAAAAUGAUUUAGGCUUGUCCAAUAUAUAUUUUCUGUCAACAGACAGAUAUUCUAAAGUUUGAAUGUUGAGAUAAUCACGACUACACUGGGUCACUGUAUUGACACAUUUUGACUGUAUUCCAAAUUGGAAUGAUGAAUAUUUAUAAUUAAUACUAUUAGUAAUAGUAAAGGUACUAUAACUCUGUGUUUCAGAUGUUUGGUGUAGUAUAUCAUUUUGUAACAAGUAUAUAUAUAUAUGACUUUAUUGUCUUAAAUAUCAGUCCAAUAAGAUCAAUGAAGCCCAGGCCCCAAUAUUUAUAUACAGUGUGACUGUACUGUCGUAUUUUGUGCCAAAGAAUUAAAGAUAAGGGAAACCACUCUGA